AUGACCGGCUAUGUCUGUGUGCGCACUGUGAGAAGAAAUUCUGGAGGAUAUGAAGAAGAAGAAGAAGAAGAAGAAGAAGAAAAAAAAAGUCGCAAGUGGGUACCAGUGGUGAAGAUCUCGACAUGGUUGAUGACUACGCUAUGUGUUAUGUACAAAGUACACUUCGUACAGGUAGGAGGAGAAGAGAAUGGAAGCGUGCAAACUUUACGAUAUGGAGAAGAACUGGAUUGA